AUGGAGGUGUCCGCCGACGCGGCGACGGCGGCGGCGGCGCGGACGCUGCGGUGGGCCGGCCGUGCGGGGCACCUUGGCGGCGUCCCCCGCGCGGCGGUGAUAGGCGCCGUGGGCACCAUCGCUAAGGCGUACGUGUCGCUGCUCAACACCACCACCGUGCACAACGCCGACGCCCUCCACCGCCUCGUCUCCUCGCGGCCCCCCGGCACGCCGCUCCUCACCGUCAGCAACCAUAUGUCCACGAUAGAUGACCCAUUUAUGUGGGGAUUCAAGGGUUUCCCUAUUACAGAUUCAAAGCUUGCAAGGUUUCAUUCUUAUGUUUCUAAAUUCUGGUCCUUAUUUGAUUGUAAAUUUCGUCAUGCCAUAUUCAAACAGUUGCAUUCAUUCCCUGAAGGAAAAGUAGCCCAGGAUCACCAACCAAUCAGACGGUUGAAAUGGGGAACUGCCAGUCUUAUUGUCCGAGCACCCGUAACUCCAAUAAUUUUACCUAUUGUUCACACUGGUUUUGAAAAGGUCAUGCCAGAGAAAUCAUUUUUUGGACGCCGUCCACCAUUACCUCUCUGCGGCAAGGAGAUACAGAUCAUCGUGGGAGAACCAGUAGAUUUUGAUCUGCCAGGCUUAAAGCAGGUGGCAGCAAUGAUACCACAAGACACAUCCUUCAAAAGGAAGGGCUGGCCAACCAUCACGCCGGAGGGGCUAGACGAGGCAGCACAGAGAUGGCUUUACCAGAAGAUGUCGGAUAAGAUCCAGUCCGUGAUGGAGAGCUUGAGGAAGACGCUUCUGAACUCGAAGCAGCAUUGA